AUUCCAGUAUAUAAGAAGCGGAGUUUCAGCGUGCGGAUUAUUGAGUUAAUAAAUUUUCUGAUUGCUCUACGAACUUAGCCCACAUUAUAUCAACAUGAAAGCUGUCGCAGCCUUCUUCUUCUUGGGUCUGGUCGUCAUCGCCUUCAGCGUCGACGACGAAAUUCCGGAAGGCGUGAACUGUCCGGCUCAGGAUCCCGAAAACGCAACGCACGUACCCCAUCCCACCAACUGCAACCUGUUCUACACGUGUUCCGGCGGAUGGCCAAUCCUGUCGUCUUGUCCCGCUGGACUGCACUUCAAUGCCGAGUUGGAAGUGUGUGAUUGGCCAGAUUCGGCAAAUUGCACCGCAAGCGCUGAAGAUUAAUUAAGACCGAUAUCUGUAAAGAUAUAAACACGUGACUGUUAUUCUAUGUUCUAAUAAAAAUUCACUUUGAAAAAACUAA